AAAAAUACUUUAUCAGCUUCCAGUUUAAUGUUUUCCUAUAAUACUAGGCUAUUUGAUUUACAGAUUUUAAAAAUGUGCCUUAAAACAUGUAAUGAUUUAAAGUGUGAGCUCUUUAAGACAAAGGGGUGAAUGGUCCUGGAAAAACAGACUCAAAAACGUAAUGUUAAUAAUGUAAAAAUGUACUUAAAUACACUUUUACGGGAGGAAACGCAUGUACAGUAUGUCUUACUAAUACACUGAUUUAUUCUAGACAACGAUGCAUCAAACUAACGCUCUAGGAUUUCAUGUCCAGGCUUGCUGUUAACUCUUACUGCUUAACAUAAACCUUAUAACCUAGUACAGUAAUGGUGCUCAGCAAACAUUAAGGAUUUGCAUUUUCUUUAAGUGCUUACCUGCCUUUAGAGAAUUUUCACUACAUUAAGACGUCUUAUCUGAUCUGCUACACUGUCUUUUAUAGUAACAGAAUAUUUUGGCAUCCUGUAGAUAUACAAAUGAGACGUGAUUUUAGAAUCUGUGUGUCAGUGGACUGUACAUUUGGAUUAAAGUGGUUUAAUCCUCAUUAGGAAAGUUGUAAAUCUAGUUUUACAAGGCUCAAGAAGGUGAGGAAGUAAGAAAUUCUACUUUAUCUCCCCUAAGAUUCUUUAGAGGUUAUUCUUGACAUGUCAGAAAGCUCAACGACUUGUUCUGUUUUACCCCAAGGCAUCUGUUUCCUUCACCUACUUCAGACAAGCCAUUAAAAUAUAGACAAACCAAACACUAAUGGACUACUAGCAUUCAUGAGACAGACGAAUGUUGAAUUUGGAGUUAUAAGUUCCCUCACAUCUGUAGAUAUAUCUGCUUUAAGCUCCCUGAUAUGGAAGUGUUAGUGCCGGAGCGUGCAUGUAGUCGAAAGGGCACGGUGUUAAUCAUCAGCAGCUAAUGGCAUGUCACCAGUACGCCCCUCUGUUUUUGCUGACAACGGUGUGUUUGGAGAAGGUGUGUUAUGGAGGGUGGGUGUGUCUUCAUGUGGGUACAGAUCAAGACAAACCAGUUUAGGGCCUAAUUGCUGUGAGUGGGGCUGAAGCAGAGGUUUGAUGUAUUUCAGGUAGGUGCCGUGACAAACCCAGCAUGACCUGUUCACAAAAGCAACCUGAGGAAAAAGAGCUCAAGAGGAGAGAAAUGACACUAGUGUAGAUGAAAGCUUGGAUUCCUGAGAGUUAAGAGUAGAGCUGACGUGUAGUGAUCUCAGGUGAAGAUACAAAAUGAGCGGAAAACGUUUCCUGAAGGACGGGAGCUGGAUCAGAAAAACAGAUGAAGAGGAUGAAGACAUUGACCGAGACCCAAACUAUGCCAGAACUGUUCUAGGGAGCGGCGAUGAGGUUACUUCAACCAGGACAUCAUAUGUGCAGUCGAUCAGCAAAAAAUUUGGCGGUAGUCAGGAUGACCUGGCGAGCAGCACCGUACCCUCCAGCAGGACAUCCUACACCAAAAGCACAUACUCAAGCCUGAAGUCAGAUUCUCCCAGCAGCACCACAACCACCACGGUCACCAAGGAUGGCAAAACCACUGAGACUACCGUCACCACCAGCAGAUCCGCUGUGAGUAAAAGUCCUACGAAGACGUUCACUGAGCGGGUCCAGUCUUCAAGCAAAGGGCCGCAAUACUCAACCUACUCACCUACCAAAACAAGCAGAGUGACUGAGACAACUGUUACCAGCAGUAAAGAUGCCGAGGACAAGCUUUACGACAAACUCCUCCCCUCGUCUAUCAAGGGCGACUACACAGACAGUACAUCUACUGUCUCCAAGACUGAGACUGUGGUCGUGAAGAGCAGCCCUGACAUUGAUGCGGAUGACCAACUUUACAAGACACUCAUCCCUUCAUCUACCAAGGAUGAUUUCUCAUCCUCAGACAGCAAAACAACUGUCUCCAGCACUGAAACUGUGACAGUGAGAAGCAGCAUUAAUGGAGAUACUAAAACUACAACCACGACAAGGACGUCCUCUACGGCUGAGGACGACCUGUAUGACCACCUCCUGCCUAAAUCCAUUAAAUCUCCAUCUACUCUGAGUCCUGUCAGCAGCAGCACCAGCAGCAUCACAAAGAGAGAGAUCAUCACGGUGGAGAGCAGCAGAGGAGGAGACAGCCCCACUGUGUCAUCACCAUCCUCCACCCGCAGAACCACGAGCUACAGCUCGUACACUGAUGAUCUUCCCUCCACCACCACCCACACCAAAUCCUACACCAUCAGCUCCACGCCCAGUGACGACUACAGCAGCUACAACUCAUACACUGAUGAUCUUCCCUCCACCACCACCCGCACCAAAUCCUACACCAUCAGCUCCACACCCAGUGACGACUACAGCAGUGACCGUAAAAGCUACUCUUUCUCGAGACCAGACUCCAGUUACGAGUACAGCAGUAUCUCCAGUCCCACCUCCUACACCUCAAAGACGUACAGGAGCAGCAGCAGGUCAGAUGAUGUGAUGACUGAUCCAGUCUACUCAUCCUCCACGAAGAGUGUGUAUGCGUCCUCUGAGAGAACGUUGCUUGAUAAAGACCUGUGCAGCUCCUGCCGUAAGCCCUUCACCGGUGACGCCAAGAUGGUCCUGGACGACAUGAAGAUCAACUGCCACGCUACCUGCUUUAAAUGUGAGGUGUGUCACAGGACUCUGGGUGAUAUGAAAGCUGGGGACAGCCUAUGGAUCUACAGACACAUGGUGCACUGUGAGAACUGCUUCGAGGGCAUCAGAGAGAAAUGGCGACGCUGAGUUCCUCCCGAGCCUUCACUGGAGAUGAAGCACAUGUGACAAGAUAAAAUGGAUUUACUGUUAUCAAUAUGUUUUAAGUGAUGUGGGUUCUCCUGUUCUUAUGUUUUUAUGAGGUGACAAAGCUUUAUCUGGGUGACAAAUGACAGUUACAUUAUGAAUGUAACUUUUUGAGUGCGCACACUAUUGCAGCUAGCUGUAACUGUUUUGUUGACAUUGUGAUAUUGCUCUCUGUAUCUACCCCCCUUUUCACAAAGAGAUAACAUUUCUGAUAUUCUCUUAAGGAAUACCUCACCUCAAAAAUAAUCCGUUGUAUAUCAAUUAAUCAUGCCGUGUCGAAUUUGUGAUGAAAAGGCGAACAUAUUGAUUUAUUGAAUUAAUGGGGACCAUGAUUAACAACAUGCAGUAUAAUCCAAGUCUCAUUUACUAAUUCACAAACACAUGCAUGUUUGCUAAAACCUUACGAUUUAAAACUGCACUGAAAAUGAAACUUAUCUAUGCUCUCUUCAAGGCCUGACUCCAACACUAAGGUUUAUUUAGUGAUAAUGCGUGUGUUUGGGAAGCACUGAGCAUAUGACUGGAUAUUUAAGACUUGGCUUAUACUGUGCAAGUUGUGUGAGUUUUGAUUUAGUUUUGCUCUUAUUAAACGUGGCACCAAUCAAUCAAUAAAUAAAUAUGUUUUCUUCACAAAUUCAAGGUAAUGCAACAUGACUGACUGAUAUAAUACAAAUGUGUUUUUGGUUGGUGAAGUAUUCCUUUAAGUCUGCAGCCUCUGUUGGGAUUCUUGUGUGUACCAUAAAAGGAGAUAUUGCAGUAUAUUUAGGGCCGGGGGCUUUUUCUGUGUGCAAUAAAGGAAAUCAAUAUAUCUUUCUCUAAAA